GCAGUUCUUACAAGCACAGUUCUAAUCCUGAUACUGCCUAGCAUACAUGACAGCAGAAAGAAAGAGAGCUCAGCUAGUCCUUCUUAGCAGCUUACCUCCAGUCUGCAGACAUGAAUGACAUCAAGUUGGCUCUGCUGGGCAGCGAGGGAGCAGGGAAAUCAGCUGUUCUGGUAAGGUUCCUGACUAAACGUUUCAUUGGAGAGUAUGCCUCCAACGCCAACUCCUUAUACCGUAAAAGGCUCUCCAUCGAAGGAAGACUGUUACACUUGGAAGUAUUUGAUCCAUGUUCACAGAGUGGAGAGAGCAAAUAUAUCCUGGAAGAGCCGGUGGAGUGGGCCAAUGGAUUUAUUGUGGUGUACAACAUCAGCGACCAAACGUCCUUCCUCAACGCCCAAAAUAUCCUAUGUCAGAUCAAAGAAGCCCGCGGAGAGAGCUACAAGGGAGAGAUGGACAAGAUGGACAUCCCAAUCUGCCUGGUGGGGAACAAGCAGGACCUGUGCCACGCCCGAGUAGAAGUGAAGAUGUCUUAAAAGUAAAAGUGAAAGUCACCCAGUAAAAUACUACUUGAGUAAAAGUCUAAACGUAUUUGGUUUUAAACAUACUUAAGUAUCAAAAGUAAAAGUAUUAAUAAUUAAAAAUGCCUUAUAUUAUGCAAACCAGAUGGCACAAUUGGUAUAUUUUUAUUUAUUUACGGAUAGCCAGAGGCACACUCCAACACUCAGACAUUUACAAAUGAAGCAUUUGUGUUUAAUUGGUCCACCAGAUCAGAGGCAGUAGAGAUGACAAGGAUGUACUCUUGAUAAGUGUGUGAAUUGGACCAUUUUCCUGUCAAAAUGUGACAAGUACUUUUGGGUAUCAGAGAAAAUGUAUGGAGUAAAAAGUACAUUAUUUUCUUUAGGAAUGUAGUAAAUGUAAAGGAAAAAGUAGUAAAAAAUAUAAAUAGUGAAGUGCAGAUACCCCCAAAAACUACUUAAGUAAUACUUUAAAGUAUUUUUACUUAAGUACUUUACACCAUUGAAACUUUAUCUGUAGCCCCUGUUUACUGUUGAUUGUGUAACAUCUACAUAUUUAGCAAUGACUGACCCUAUUUAGUGUCAUGUUUGUCAUGUAAUCAAAUUAUUGUUCUCUUUUUUCAAGAAGUCACUUUGCCAUUCUCAUCUUCUUACAUUUUUAUUUUUCCCUCUUGAUAUUCUAAAUCCCAUGUUACCAGUAGAGUAUCAUUGAAUGCUUAAGUUCCUUUCCUAAUUCCAAACUAUUUCAAGGAAAAUUACUUUCCAAAGGUAGCUACUUAAGUACUUUACACCAUUGAAACUUUAUCUGUAGCCCCUGUUUACUGUUGAUUGUGUAACAUCUACGUAUUUAGCAAUGACUGACCCUAUUUAGUGUCAUGUUUGUCAUGUAAUCAAAUUAUUGUUCUCUUUUUUUCAAGAAGUCACUUUGCCAUUCUCAUCUUCUUACAUUUUUAUUUUUCCCUCUUGAUAUUCUAAAUCCCAUGUUGCCAGUAGAGUAUCCUUGAAUGCUUAAGUUCCUUUCCUAAUUCCAAACUAUUUCAAGGAAAAUUACUUUCCAAAGGUAGUUUUAUGGAUCAAAGAGCACAACAUAUUUGAGUUUGCAUCAAGGAAUAUGCACCAAUGUCUAGCUCUCAGAGGGGACAGUAAUAAGGUGAGACUUAUGGGUAAAUUGGCUCACUAACAACAUCUUAUGGCAUAUGACUUCACAUAAAUCCUAUUGAAUCUCUGCUGUGGCAGUAUUACAUGGGCUGUUUCUAAUUUUAAGCUGUAACAAUGGGUAAAAUUGCUUUUCCGUGGACAGGAACGUAAGCAGCUAGUAUAUUCAUUCCCUACAUAGUAGUAAAGGAAUGUGCAGCUAUUUGUUUUGCAUGUACAUAUUCUGUUGAUUUCCUGUAUUCAAUGUGUUUGCUAUUACAACUUUGGAUAGUACAAGCAAAUGUCUGUGAUUGUGUUUUGCAUAAAAACAAACGUUCCCUCUCAUUCUUGAUUAUAGUUGAAAAUUACCUACUGGGCACAGAUGUCAAUUCAAUGUUUAUUCCACGUUGGUUCAACGUGAUUCAACCAGUGUGUACCCAGUGGGUGAUUAUGCCUGGUGUGGACCAACUUGCAAUAAAAGAGCUAUUUGGGGGUAUGAGUAUUGUGUGAAUUAUUCAAUGAACUAAAUAAUGUCCCAUUUGUAUUAUGUGGUUUAAAGUUAAUGAUUCAGCUACACUCCAAUAGUUUGUUCUGGUAAAACACCUUGCUUUUUUUCAUCCAGUAAUUUUGUUGACUAGUACUUUGAAUGUGAAUCGAAUGCAAAACAACCCACAAGUAGCAUACCAGUCAUUGCUUUGGAAUCUCAUUAGAACUAUGUGCCGAUUGUUGGUAGGAUUAUGUGUAUACAACCCAGCUCAGACCUGCAAGGCUUAACUGCUGUGCUUGGAUUUCAGGGUACUGUUUGCAUGUGAACAACUAUCUCAUCUAGUGAUUAUUAUCUUUGCAAAAAGCAGAAACAUUGAUUUAACUCAGCUUGUAAUGUCUUUAAAUGUCUGUCUUUAGCAUGUCUGUCCAAAAUGUUAUCCCUAAGUUUGAAAUGCUUUUUUAGUUUGGCUCAGUUCUU